AUGGAACAACACUCCAGCGAGCAACAGCAUCACAGGGGCCCACGAUCUCGUCGGCCCGGCAAGCAUCGUCUUGAGGCCUGGCUGUGGAAGGAUGUGCAUCGUCAGGUGAUUCGUAGCAUUGAUCACCCUUCUCUCGUUCCGUCGGAGGCCUCGGUUUCUAGCGCUUCACGUUGCGAACUGGUUUGCAGCUACAGCUGGGCAAUUGGCCAGGAUGAAAAGAUCCACAUACCUGGUUCCGCAGCAGUCUUUCAGAACAUUCCCUUACCGGUUACCAUCCCGAAGGAUCGAGGCACCUUUUUCGUGGACCAGAAUGCAGCACGCGUCCCCGACUUUCCGUUCGCGCCGUUGUUUCGCGCUACGGCAUCGAUGAACCCAUCGUUUCGCUUUGAUGAUAUUGAUGUCCUGGUGAACCGGAACAGCCUUAGAAAGCUCCUCGAUUUCUCUGCGGGCCGAAGUCAAGACAGCUUUCGCGUCAACCUACACCUCGUCCACCGAACUCUGGUCAUCGAGCGUUGCGAGAGGACCGCCCGCGAACUGAUCAGUGGUUCCAAGAACUCCGGGUGGGGCAGGAACUUCGAGCGCAAGUUCACGACGUACCCACCUGGUCUAGAAGACAGCGCGGCACAUCACCGGGCUCUUCGAUACCAGCUAGGUGACCUCGCAUGCGUGGUACGCUUUGAGGUGGACGCAUGCUACGAGAAGACGGGCGAGGGUAGCUGCUCCGAGCCGCUGGAAGGUGCAAUGGGGCGGCUAGCAGUAGGAGACGGUCCUGGGGAGGUCGCUGCUAGCCCCAAAUUGCCAACGCAACCGUCGAUGGCUCAAGCGACGGCGGCAGAAAUCAAGACGGCAAUCAAGCCUAAGAGCCCAAGCGCGUACAUGCCACAGCUCUGGUUUGGCAGGACGCCUUGGCUUAUCAUCGGGCAGCACGCCAAUGGAACCUUUGAGCAGCUGAAGAUCACCCAUGUUGCAGCUCGGUUUACAAACUGGGAGGAGAGACACCAGGCCGACCUCCGCAAGUUGGUCACUGUCUUGGCCCAUUUACGCCAGGCUGUCGAAGAGCACGGAGGCAGACACUGCGUCGCGAUAUAUGAGAAAACGGCAAAGACUCCAGAGAUCAAAGUGUACUCUUCAUGUGUUGUUAAACAGGCCGUGCCGGACGAUUUGAGGCGCAAGCUCUGGAAGUCACAAAUCAAUGGCCCGCCCACGCUUUGA